GGAUGCUAAGCUGAUUCCCGAAUCGGAUCCUCCACCGAGUGGCACCAUACCCGCCGCCAUCACCACCCUCGCCAAUCUGCAAUACCUCGAUCUGUCUUACCUUGAUCUGGUGGGGUCCAUUCCAUCUCUCGCCCCUCUCACUGCCCUCACCCACCU